CGCGGCUCGUGCAGACCGUCAUCACGUCUCCCUGAAUGGCGGGAACAGCUAAAGGAAAAUAAGGUUUAUUGUUGCCGUACAACUGGAUAAAGCUUCACCAUCCUGAACCGUAACGGGGGAAGAAGACGUUCAUCUUGACCGGAUAAGAGGUCGAUUCGUCCCGGCUGCUGCCCGGCGUCCUGUCCUGAAAAUGUCCCCGGAGGAAAGGAAACCUCGUCCACUGAGGGAGACCAGCGCCAAGCUACACACAGUCAGCCACAGUAAUGCACGAGAGGGAAGUCACCUUCAAAAUAAAAGCACACAUUACUGCCUUCCUGAACAUCCUUAGGGAUGUUUCUGGUGAUGGUUGCCUAUGGUGGUCAUAAUUAGUUCAUUUGGCUAUUCAUAGAAAAAAUAAAUUUCCAAAAAUUAAUAAUUAAAAAAAGGGGAUGGAUGGUUAGGAAAUUUCUCAAUGCAAAAAACGUGUAUUUUUUAAUCCAUUGAAUUGAAAAUUUACAUAAAUACCCUUGUCAUGAUGCAUGGCCUCAUAUCAGUUUAGUAUGGUCUGAUUAUAGUAGAGUCGUUUUUAUUAUUAAUAAUUUUUAAAAUUUCAUGCAUGAAAGUUAUCGCUUGAAAAUGUUGCAAACCAUGUUGGCCAACAGGAGUUUUAUUUUGAAAUUUUGGACAGGACGUGUCAUGUAUUCCCUGUGGCUUGACAGUGAUGAUGAGAGGCGAGCAGUGGUGACGGUGCAUCUCGGGGCUUUAAUUAAAGAGGAUGCAUGGAGAUCUCAGACUGCUGGCAGGAACAUUCAUCCCCUUCUUGCACAGCGUGUGCGGUCUGCAGUCAGGUCCCUUCCACCUGAGCCAGCAGCAUCAUGGGAGGUUCCACUUCCUCCCUCGUUGAGGAGGCUGAGAGUGAUGCACCCCGGGGUGCAGCUCUGCCUCCCUCCCCCAUCAUGGGAUGUCUGAGGAGCAGCCAAAGCACCUCCAUCCCUCGGCAGCUUCCCAGACCCGGCAGGCACAGAGAGCGCAGUUUCUCUUCUGGUUCGAUGCCCAUGCAGAGGAGCCAGUGGGCUUGUGGCUGUUGUACCUUCCUCAACGCAGCCGGUGCCCCUCGCUGCUCCAUCUGCGAAGCCCCCCGACGAGGGCCCGACACCCGCUGGAUGUGGCACGAGGCCAGCAGGGAGGACAGUCGCUGGUCCUGCCCGCGCUGUACGCUGGCCAACUCCCCCGACAGCCUGGCCUGCUCUCUGUGUGGCUACGCCGGAGCGCUGGACCGACCCCGGGGGUCAUCUGAAGACCAGCCCCGGCCCCAGCGCUCCAGCAGCUGCUCCGGUCCCUUGAGGCCAUCGUCGGCUGAGCCGUGCAGACAGCAAAAUGUAGAGCAGCGCGAAGAUGCAGAUAAAAACAGCCUGACGUGGGAUUGUUUGAGGUGCACUCUGCAGAACACCCCUACCUCCAUGUCCUGCUCUGCCUGUGGCGGACCACGCAAACUGUCUCUCCCCCAAAUCCCUGCCGACGCCUUGCUCGUGCCUGAAGUCUGCGAUCAAACAGGGAUACGACAACCAGAACCCGCAGCGGGGGCACUGUCUCUUUCCAUAUCAACACGAGGAGAAUGUUUACCGGUGGAAGCUUCGUAUCCACACACGAGCUCCUCAGUGCUCACUGCAGCAUCAUCAGGUCAUAAUAAUCCCGUGCCCUGCAGUCGCCGAGAGGUGCCCCCGCCAGAUGUUUGUCUCAGUCAGACUCAUAACUUAAGUCCGUCUCCAUCGAUGCUCGCUAUUUCACAUCUGUCUGUCCAGCCAGAGGUCCUGCCUGGCAGACGGCUCAGCAUCCUGAAGGAGGAAAUGUCACCGCUGUCGCCUGCACCGGAGGCCUCUGCAUCGUUUCCAGCAGGCGUCGUCCCCGUUAACCGGACAGAGGAGUGGGCAUGCCCGGCAUGCACUCUCAUUAACAAGGUCAAAGCCAAACACUGCCUGGCCUGCCACACUCCUCAGCAGCACGUCACACAGCUUAGGCCGGCUCUGUCCCCGAAGAGGAAGGAGAGCAUGCUGGUGGAGGUGCUGCGACAGAGUGAUGAAGGAGAGGCCAAAGAGCUGUGGGAGAACAUCGUCAGCUUCUGCAGAGAGAACACAGUGACGUUUGUGGAUGACAGCUUCCCUCCUGGUCCGAAGUCUGUUGGCUUCCCAGUGGACGACAGUGUCCAACAUCGGGUCAGAAAGUGGCUCCGUCCUCAAGAAAUCAACUGCUGCAACUUGAGAGACCGAGCGGUGAAGUGGUCUGUUUUCCGCAUGCCUCGCCCAUCUGACAUCCUGCAGGGACUUCUGGGUAACUGCUGGUUCCUGAGUGCCUUGGCUGUUCUGGCUGAACGUCCCGAGCUGGUGGAGAAGGUGAUGGUGACUCGCUCGCUGUGCGCAGAAGGAGCCUAUCAGGUGCGUCUGUGCAAAGACGGCUCGUGGACCACAGUGCUAGUGGACGACAUGCUGCCAUGUGACGAAAACGGCCACCUCCUCUUCUCUCAGGCUCAGCGGAAGCAGCUUUGGGUGGCUCUGAUUGAAAAAGCACUGGCCAAGCUCCACGGUUCCUACUUUGCUUUGCAGGCAGGUCGCGCUAUCGAGGGCCUGUCCACGCUGACCGGGGCCCCCUGCGAGUCGCUUGCCCUCCAGGUCAGCGCCACAAACCCCAAGGAAGAACCCAUCGACACAGACCUCAUCUGGGCCAAAAUGCUGAGCUCCAAAGAAGCAGGUUUCCUGAUGGGGGCAUCUUGUGGAGGCGGCAACAUGAAGGUGGAUGACACAGAGUACGAGUCCCUGGGUUUACGUCCACGACACGCUUAUUCUGUCCUCGAUGUGAGAGAUGUCAGCGGUCACAGAUUACUGCAGCUGAGGAACCCGUGGGGUCGCUUCUCCUGGACCGGACCCUGGGCGGACGACUGGCCAAACUGGCCUCCACACCUGAAGAGGGAGCUGUGUGCCCAGCGAGCCGAGGACGGCCUGUUCUGGAUGGACUUCUGGGAUUUCAUCAGGUACUUUGACUCAGUGGAUAUCUGUAAGAUUCAUUCAGACUGGCAGGAGGUUCGAGUCCCGGGUGUUUUCCCCCGGGGGGCCGACGUCCCGGUGACGGUGGUGUCCAUCACAGUGCUGGAGAGAACGGCCAUGGAAAUGGCUUUAUUCCAGCAGGGCAGCAGGCGAUGGGACACAGCAGAGAGCCACCUGCUGGAUUUGUGUGUGUUGGUGUUUCGGGUCUCCUACGACAGCUCGGGUACCCUGGCUCUGGGUCGCCUGCUGGCUCACAGCCGGCGCUCAGUGAGGCGGUUUGUGGGCUGUGACGUCAUGCUGGAGCCCGGCGAAUACGCUGUGCUGUGCUGUGCUUUUAACCACUGGCACACCGCUGUCACAGAGGGGACAACGAGCGGCAGCAGAUCAGAGGUGCCUGGUUACAUGCUGUCAGUCUACAGCUCCAGACUGGUGAUGGUGGAGCAGGUGACGGCGUGCAACACCACCAUCGCCGACGCCAUCAUCCAACUGACAGAAACUAAAGGGGAGAGACACGAGGGUCGAGAGGGGAUGACAUGUUACUACCUGACCCACGGCUGGGCGGGGCUCAUCGUCAUGGUGGAAAACAGACACCCGAGACAUCACCUCCACGUGUCGUGUGACUGUAGCGACAGCUUCAACGUGGUGUCGACGCGCAACAGCCUCAAAGCCAUCGACAGCAUCCCUCCUCUGCACAGACAGGUGCUUGUGGUUUUGUCUCAGCUGGAGGGAAAUGCUGGAUUCUCCAUCACACACAGGUUGGCUCAUCGUAAGGCUGUCCAGGCUUCUCUGGGGAACUGGAGUCCCACGAAGGCAACACACAGUCCUGCUCUAAGUCCAGAGACAGCAGGUCUGCACCAACCUCGACCCCUCUGACACAGUGAGUCAGAGCAACAGGGAGGCAUCAGAUCAUAGAUCUGUUUCAAACACUAGACGUGAGAUCUCGUCAUGGAGGCAGCGAACAGUCCGACACUGUAGGAACUACCCGUGUUUGUCUGUCUCUCAUUUGACCGUUGCUUCGAUGGAAAACGGGCAUGUUUCUCAAUCACAUUUAGUGAGCAGGCUGAGUGCUGCGUUCAAGAGUCAGAGCUCCUCUGGGACAGAAAUCAUCUCACUGCUUGAAUUUAACCUCAGUGGGCUUUUUAAGGCUUAAUUAAGUUACACUGGACUGAAGUCAAUAGAGACGUGUAACAGUGUGCCGCAGUGUCAUUCUGAUCCACCGAGGGACUAUUUGUGUGGAUGACAACUACUUAUUUAUUAAAAGCUCAAUUUCCAUUUUAUUUCAUCAACAUUGUUGGAAGAAAUUCAAGCAUCAGCUUAUUAAGUAAUUGUUAUGAUUAAAUUAAUUAAAUAUUUCAGAAAUUAUUUGGAUGAUGUUUCACUCUAAAGUGUCUGUGCUCUGUGUGUCACUGCAGGAUGGACUGAACUCAACACCAGUUAUUUGCUUAUUCACAGAAUUAAUAAGCAAAUAACCAACAUGCACUCGACUGACAGCUGUCAAAGCACCUCACUGGAAUUUGUUACAACAUUAUACAGAAGCUGAUUUAUAUAGGUAAUUUAUCAUUUAUCACACUUAAUCAUCCCAUAAACACACACACACACACACACACACUGAGCUGCGUCAUUUUUCUCACCUCUCCGUGUAAAAGCCAUCUUUAGGCACUUAAAAUGAAAGCUUAUAAUUUUCCAUGACAGACCUGGAUGUUGUUUUGGUUCUCAGUUCAGAUUUUGUUUGUCUUGAAAAACAAACACUCCCAUAUUUUUCUAAUAUGUUAGAACUCACUGGAUUAGGAAAAUGAAGUUCUGCACAGGUCGAACCAACAGGCCAGCUGGUUCAUUCUCUUACAGUCCUUUUUGUGAGAAACUUUUAAAGCUGAAUGUCUAAACGUGGGCUGGCUCACACAUCCAGUAAAAUCCCUAAAAGAGACUCAGUCGAUAUGGAUUCAUGACGCUAACUGAUUCUUGUAGUUUGUAGUCAAACGUCCUGUGCUGGUUCCUGGCCUCACACCACGUGAGAAAAAGCUGUGUGAACUGAGCCUGUAAGUCAGAAAGUGAGAUGAUUUAUUCCUGUCUCCGAAGCAGCUCUGCCUCCAACAUGUCCCGUCCACAAACUGAAGUCACACAUUCCUCCACAGAGACGUUUAGAGCAGAUCUCAUGACUGAUCACAUGAUGCACUUUAUAUUUUACACACAUUUCAGAUCAUAGGCUGGUCUUCAGGUCCAAACUGUCUUAAUUGCACUGGUGAUAGAUAAAUAGAAGUUAUUAGUUGUGUGUGAACUGGCUGCCAAGAAUAUUCACAGGAACAACACAAACAUGGUGUUUAUUCUCAGUAUUAUUCAGUCUUAAUACUCAACAGUGAAACUUGUAGGAUGUUUAAAUGAAGUCUUAGUUUUAGAGUGGAGCCGCUGUGUGAAAGCAUUAGCACUUUAUGAACUUCAAACUAUGCUGGACUCUGGUGUUUUACUUUUAAGGAGAAGUUUUAAAAUUGCACAGUGGAGAAAAAUACUUUGUGUUUAUUAAUCCGAAA